AUGCCCAUAUUAGACCAAACUGACUAUUCGACCUUGAGUUUGGGUCAUCCUCCCGUCUCGAGGAAAGAACUACAUAUAGUCGGUCUAGAGCUUAGAGUUUAUGGGUUGGAAGAGAUAAAAGAUAGUAAUUUACCUAUAGCAUGUAUCAUCGCAACACAUGGAAGAGGAAACAAUAUGGAUCAAAUGGAACCUUUCGCUCAAGGUGUAUUAGGUGAGAUUAAUAAAUUGAAACAAGAGGAUCCCCCGGAGGAAUCCCCGGAGAAAGAUGUCAUACUGGUUCUUCUUGAACAACGUAAUCACGGUAAACGGUUACAUGAUCCAGUCAAUAAUCAAGCGUAUGACAAGAAUCCUACGCAUUUAUGUGAUAUGGCAGCAAUGAUCGAAGGGGAGGAGAGGAGGGAGGUCGGAGGUUGUCAAGAUGUCUCCUUCGUCAUUGAUUUUCUGGCUUCUUAUCUCUUUCCUAAUGGUGAAAGGGACAUAGUAGAUUGGAUAGCUACUGGGAUAUCUCUUGGUGGUAAUGUGACUUGGAGACUUUUGUUGGAAGAACCAAGGAUCCAAUUCGGUGUCCCACUCAUAGGUCUCCCAUUCACUUCUCUAGUCCGUUAUCUCGGAGCAAGAGCAACGAAAUCCGGACUUUCUUUCUCACCUCCAAUCUAUCCUCCUGCUUUAAGUGCGAUAAUCGAAAAACCAUUCGAUGCGAAUCCUUAUUAUGGUAAAAAAAUCUUAAGUUUACAUGGACAAUUAGACACUUUGGUUCCUCAUUCUGCCGGAGUAGAAGAUUUUAAGAGGAUUGAAACGGAUCGUGAGAUAAUAAUCAAGACGCAGGGAAACGUUAGACAUGCUGUCAGUCCUGAUAUGGUGGUAAAGGUUGCUGAAUGGGUGAAUUAUUGGGUAUUGAGCCCACAAUUUUUCGGUCUGCCUUCUUUCACUUCUGGUGAGAAUGGGGGAUGA